AUGGCGAUCUCCGGCACGGGUGUCUUGGGGGAGUUGGUGGUACCUCCCAGCCCCCUGAGCUGUUGUGAUGCAUUGGCACUACUCUGUGCCAGUCGCAGCUUUGCAGAGGACCGCCUGAAAGUGGUUGCGUUAUACAAGUGGUACUGCAGCUUCUGGGUGGAUUCUGACGUGGAGAGUUCCAUUGAACUGCUGCCGCUCUGGCGCCAACUGCUGGUGUCUUUGCAGUCAGUCAAGCUGGCAAAGCACCCAGGCGGUGCCGAUCGAUGGCAAAUAACCAGCUCUGAGGACUUGAAGAUCGCGGUGCAGGCCUUGUGCGCGGCCGAGGAGACGGAGGAACCCAGGGAGAAAUUUCUGGGUUCCAUCAGGGGACUUUACGGCAAUCAUCUUUUCGAGCUCCGGCGGCGAUGGGACGUGCAGGGGCACCGCUCCAACAUGGCCAGCUGUUCUCUGGGCAAUGUGAGGCUAGAGACCCGAGAGGGGAUCAUUGACGUUCGGCUCUUGUGCGAGAUGCGUCGUUUCCAGUCCCUGCCGGGGGAAGCUGAAUCGCGUGGCGUGGCUUUUUACAUGUUCCCCUUGUGCGAGGCGGUGGGCUGCCUGUGGGAUGGCACUGAGCAGAUGCCGAAACUCUUCUGUCAGAGUGCCUCGCCGGGCAUUGAGAUGCGAAGUUGGGACCUGUAUCGAUUUGAUGGCAAGCCCGGAGCGAGCACGCGCGGUGCAGUGAGCUUCGCAGUGGAUGAAGAUGACCUUAGGGCUGAGUUGAGGAUGGAGCCAAGUGUGCCUGAGGGAACCCAUCCGGAUGUAGCGGAUGGGGAUGAGGUGAUCUUGGAAGAUGAUGCGACGCUCUGGAAUGAGAGUUCCUCAGAUGGACCCCACUGUAGUCACUACAGAUCCGUCUUGGAGAGCACUGCGAAGGCCUUUCAGCGCUUCGAUGCCGGAGAAGCGGUGAACUUUUUCUUCGUCCUCCAUGGACCCAGGCAGUUGGUGCUGUCGCCCCGGGACGACGCCGAAGACCCUGAGGAGGAGCCGGCCGAACCAAGGACAGGUGCCAACUCGGGCAUUGGGAAGGAGAUCGCACAGUUCCUGGCAACGAAAGGUGCUACACUCUACAUGCUGUGCCGCAGCAAGGAUCGCGCAGAAGCUGCUCGAGAGGAAAUUCUGACCGCAGCAGCAGGAGACUCCUCCAGCCGAGUCCAUAUUCUUCUGGCAGACUGCAGCCUCGAGGCAGAUGUCCGCCGAUGUUGGGAUGAGUUUUGCGCGCAUCGAAUGAAAGAAGGCACUGAUGGCGUACGCUUGAACGGCUUGGUCUGCAAUGCAGGUGCCCUCGCAAACACCAAGACGAUGACCUCCGAAGAGGUGGAAGUGACCUUUGCGGCACAUCUCCUCUUUGGCACCUACUUGCUGGGAAAGUUGGCCAUGCCAUGUCUGGAAGCAACAGUGGAUUCGAGAUUGGUUGUGGUAAGCAGCGGUGGCAUGUACAACACGGCCUUUCCGAAGUGGGAGGAUGCUACAUGGACAGGCACUAGCAAGUACGAUGGUCAGUUUGCCUACGCCUACGCCAAGCGGGGUCAAGUCUUGCUCUGCGAAGAGUGGGCCAAAUCCCAUCCCAAGGUGAAGGUCGUGAGUUGCCAUCCCGGAUGGACCUCCACACCUGGAGUGGAUGCGGCUUAUGGCUCCAGCCAGUCUUACCUCCAACCCCUGCGGAGCUUGUGGCAGGGUGCUGAAGGCAUCAUUUGGUUGCUGGUCGCAGAGGCUUCCAAAUUGCAAGCUGGGGUUUUUUACCUGGAUCGCGAACCACAAGUCAAGCACAUGGCAGGACCUUUCUUCACUGAGGGCUCUGCCACAAAGAAUUCACCCGGUGAGGUGGCGGACAUGAUGCGACUGCUCGAGGAUUGGUCUGAAGGCCGACGGGACAGCGCCACACGACUGGCCAGCGCGCCCUUGAAAGCCAUGGAGCGAUCCAUCGAAUUGUCAAAGUUCAUGGGCAAGUGGUAUGUUAUUGCCAACAUUCCAACGUACUUUGACAAGGGAACCAGCAACAACAUCGAGAACUACAGCUUGGAUGAAUCAGGAAAGACGGUGAUGGUGGAUUUCACUUAUAAGCAGGGCUCCUCCAGCAAGUUGUUGCAACAGAAAGCAGAGGUGGUCAAUGAUGCCUGCACUCAAUGGGCCAUCUCGCCCAAGAUAGGAGUCUUCAUUCCUUUGCGUCUUGCAUACCUCGUUGUCGACUGCGCCGAGGACUACUCCACCUGCAUCAUCGGUGUGCCGGACCGGCGCUACCUGUGGAUCAUGGCGCGCACGCCGCAGAUCGCAGAGCCCACCUUGGAUGCACUGAUCGCCAAGAGCCGAAGCCUAGGUUUCGAUGAUAAGGAGAUUGUCAGAGUACCACAGGAGGUUGUGAUUAGCUAA